AUGGGACAGUCUUAUUCAAAUAACGUGAGCCCAUGUAAUAAAUAAACAUCUGAUUCUAAAAUUUAAUUCGAGCCUUCAUUAACUCAAGUGAAAUCUAAAAAAAUUGUACCCUCCAUUAUUAAAUAUGACUUAAAUGAGAAUGUUAACCUUAUUUAAAAAUAGGAGGAGUAAAAGGAUCAAGUGCGACGAGAAUGGGGUCUUCAAUCAGGUGAAUUGUUGAUUAUCAACUACGAGUACAUCCCCGAGCCAGUCUAGAUUCAAACAGAAUCGCAUUUAAUGUUCGAAAGCAAGGACUCUUCUAAAGGGGAUAUUAUGCGAAGGUGCAGUGAUACAUCCAGCACUAGCGAAAGUGAGGUAAACUCGUAGGAUGAUAAGUCUACUGGGUAUGAGAAAAUCAUGCGUAAACUAGAAAAAAAGAAGGGGAAAAUCUCUAAGGAGGAUUUCAGCAUUAUUUCAUUAAUAGGAACAGGCUCUUAUGGGAAGGUAUUCCUGGUAAGGAAGAUUGAAAGCGGCAAGAUCUACGCAAUGAAGGUUCUAACUAAAAGCUUCGUGCGAAAAUACAAGCAAGUCAAGCAUACUUGGACUGAGAGGAAGGUGCUUGAAAAGGUUGUUCAUCCUUUCAUUGUUAAAUUGAAGUAUGCUUUCUAAAGUCCAAAGAAACUUUUCUUAGUGAUGGAGUACUGCCCCGGUGGAGAACUAUUUUUCUACCUGUCAAAGAUGGGUCGCUUCAAGGAACGAUCUGCCCAGUUCUAUUCAGGAAAUAUUCUACUAGCUUUAGAAUUUUUGCAUAAGAAAGGUGUGAUAUAUAGGGAUUUAAAACCAGAGAAUGUAUUAAUAGCUUCAGAUGGUUAUGCAAAAAUUACAGAUUUUGGCCUUUCAAAAGAUGAUAUGCUAGCUGGCAAAUAAACUCUGAGUAUUUGUGGAACAACUGAAUACCUAGCACCUGAGAUGCUGCUUGGCAAAGGCUAUGAUACGUCUUGCGAUUGGUGGGGAUUCGGUUGUCUAAUAUAUGAGAUGCUGGUAGGUCUACCUCCGUUUUACUGCAAAAACUAAGAGGAAUUGUUUUACUCUAUAUUACAUAAAGAACCCGAUUACCCAGAAUUUCUAAGUGCAGAGUCAGUUAGUUUAAUUUCUCAACUUCUGAAUAAAAACCCAAGUAAAAGAAUGAAAAACUCUAAGCAGAUCAAAGGUCAUGCCUUCUUUAAAGACAUCGACUGGAAAAAGAUGAAGGAAAAGAAGAUAAAGCCCCCCUACAAGCCAGCUUUAAAGAGUGAAGACGAUAUAACACAUUUUGAUACCUAACAUGGCGUAGAACUCCUAAUUAAUUAGUAAAACAUGUUAAAUGAGACUAUUGAUAACAUCUAAUCCACAGUUGAUAAUGUAAAUGAUUUUGAAGGGUUUACGUAUGAUGGAAAUAGCCUACUGAUUGGGAGUGGAAUGGAACUUGACUCAAACCUAUGA